UGUAGUUCCUCAGGAGAAGAUAUUCGAGACACGGAAAAUAACAAGUGAUUGUGCCGAAUUUUCUGGGUUAACGACAAUGUGAAUCAUCAAUGGUAGACCUUACGACAUCCAAUUCCACUAAUGUUGAUAUAAGUAUGGAGAACAAUUGUCCAAAUGACAUGAAACCACGGGAAAGGGUUUCGGAAAUAUGGCAUGAUUAGCAAUGAACUCUUCAUUUUGAGCACAAUUUCGGUGCUCUGUUUAUAAAUCCUCUUUCCCUACCGGUUUUCAUUAACGGGUAAUCAUAACUGUAGCUAAUAUUGGAGGUUAAGGGACUGCCAAUUAAACUUUGGCAUGCAGAAACGGGAUUACGAAAGGACUGAGGAACAACAAAGUCGACGAAAAAGUGCUCGCAGCAUGCAUGGUACAAGUCGACAAGGCAGCUCCAGUAACCAAGGGGUUCUGAUGGUGGGGCCCAAUUUCAGGGUUGGAAAGAAGAUAGGAUGUGGUAAUUUUGGAGAAUUACGGCUAGGCAAGAACCUGUACAACAAUGAGCAUGUCGCUAUUAAGUUGGAACCUAUGAAAUCCCGAGCACCACAGUUACAUCUAGAGUAUAGGUUUUACAAACAGCUAGGCCAAGCAGAGGGUGUGCCAAAUGUUUACUACUUUGGACCAUGUGGGAAAUACAACGCACUGGUGCUGGAGCUACUUGGACCAAGUCUUGAGGAUCUGUUUGACCUUUGUGAUAGGAAAUUUUCUCUGAAAACUGUACUUAUGAUAGCAGUGCAACUUAUUACAAGAAUGGAAUAUGUUCACUCAAAGCAUCUGAUCUACAGAGACAUUAAACCAGAAAACUUUCUUAUAGGAAGGCAAUCAACAAAAAAACAGCAUAUCAUAAACAUUAUAGACUUUGGUUUAGCAAAGGAAUAUAUUGAUCCCGAGACUCACAAGCACAUCCCCUACAGGGAACAUAAGAGCCUCACAGGAACAGCCCGUUAUAUGAGCAUCAACACACAUUUAGGAAAAGAACAAAGUAGACGGGAUGACUUGGAAGCUCUUGGGCACAUGUUUAUGUAUUUUCUCCGAGGAAGUUUGCCCUGGCAGGGCUUAAAAGCCGACACUCUCAAAGAAAGAUAUCAAAAGAUUGGUGAUACAAAGAGGGCCACACCUAUUGAAGUGUUAUGUGAAAAUUUCCCAGAUGAGCUAUCAACAUAUUUAAGGUAUGUGAGGAGGCUGGAUUUCUUUGAGACUCCAGACUAUGAUUACCUUAGGAAAUUAUUCACAGACCUCAUGGCACGUAUGAGCUAUGACUGCGAUUGGGAUUUCGACUGGACGGGUCGACAGCCAUCAAUCAAUGCUCAAGACAAUCCACCAAAGAGUGAAGAUCACAAUGGCCGUGAGAGGCAUCAUGCACAAGCAAAUAAGAAAAAUGUGCAGUCUGGCUUACAAUACAAAGCAUUGCCAAGUUCAAAUCAAAGGGGGCAUGCAUGGGGUGAGGCCCCCCGGCACGCCGGUAACUAUCUGGGGUCCAACCUUGCCGCAGAUAGACAUGGGGGAUCAGUUCAGGUGGUCAGUUCUACAAAUGGAGAGUUGGCACCAGAUGACCCAACGGCAGGACAGUCCAACACGCCCAUCAAUAACCCCUCUGCUCACCGAGACGAGGAGAAGAGUGAGACAAAAUGCUGUUUCUUCAAAAGGCGCAAGAAAAAGAAGACGCGUCGAUCAUAGACUUGAUGCAUAACGUACCAAAAAGACCCACUUUUUCACACAUACAUACGGCCCUAAGGAAGCCACUCUCUGUUUACAAGUUGAGCCUUCCUUAAAUUUUAUGUAUGCAACCAAAACAAGUUUCUUUUCGCUUUUGGAACAUUUUCGCUAUGCUGAAACUCGACGUAGGGACAUGACUAAACUGUAAUUCAAACCAUGCCUAGGGGUUUUGAAUUUGUGCUUUUAUCCAUUAUGUUACACACCACAGCUGGUUAGAGUUGGACAGAGCUAGGCCCUCAAAGUUUUCGCUACAGUUAAGGAAGGAAAACAAUGGCUGCAAUCUCCUGCUUUUCUGUCGCAGAUGUUGCUGUUUCACCCGUUCGAAAAAACGUCGGAAAGAAAAAAGGCGGAAAUGACAUGCGGCCCAGGACCAUGGCCUUGAUACUGUGCCAUUGAAUUUCCCUCAGGAAGAUGACAUUGCAACGUUUGACCUAGGUCCCUCAGUGCGCUCCGUCACACCGCGAGUACAACUGGCAUACCUAAAUCAGUCUUUCUUGAACGUUGAUAAUCAGUUUUAAUGCCAGUUUUCUUCACCUUUACUUCGUUUAAUUUGUUAUGUGAAUGAUUUUAAUUAAUGUGGAUAAUUGAUUAGGUUAUUAAGCUGAUGAGUUAGUAAAAUUGAUGAAGAAAUUUUAAAUUUGCAUGACAAUUAAGACAUAAUCAUAGCUCUCUGUUUGAGUUCUUUAAUACUAUAGUUGCUGAUUAUGAAAUUUCUUCUUUACCAAUUUUAGUCUGUUUAGUAUUGAAAAGUUGAUUCAUGAGCACUUUUAUGAAAGUUUGGAAGUUUAGAAUAAAGAUAGCUGUUAUCAAUAUAAAAAGGUAUAUAUUGUACACAAACUGCUACUUGAUUGUAUAGGGCAGACUUCUGUGAUUUCAAUACUGUGAAUGGAUACUGCCAUGCAUUGCUUCUGGAAACCAGAGGCUUAAAUCAUUUGUUCUAAUCUUUUGAGUCAGUGACUAUAUAUUCAAUGGGAUUAGGUUGGAAAACCUCAUGGUUUUCAACAAGGAGCAAGGACUUUCAUCAGAAUGUAACUCUUUGUUAAACUGAUUACUCAGUAAUAAUGUAAGGCAUUGCAAGAAGAGCUUUGUCAUUUAUACCCUGGUAAAUUUAAAUCUGAUAGCUAUAGACUUCGUGAUGGUGUUUGGGUAAAUACAGUAGACUUAAGAUGUAGUCAUUGUUUGGUGGUUCACUACCCAUAUACCCAUCAGACUUUCCUCUGACUCAGAUUUUUUCAAUAGGAGGCUUUAUAUUACACCAGGAUGUGAGACUUAAAUAUUGCAGGUUGGGUUCCACGGAUUUUGUAUUUUGGUUAAUCAACUAGGAAAAAAUUUGAUUGAAAGGCUGGGAAGGGGGGGGGGGUGUUCCUUUGUUUAUAGCACAUAUAUAGGUGUUAUUUGUUUAGUGGAUCUUUUGUUAUUAGCAUUUUUUUUUAUCUGUUUUAUGAUGAACCAAAAAGCUGAAAAAAGGGUGGACUAACAGUUUGAUUGUUCAGUUGUCUGUCAAAUGCAGGAAUUCUCAUAGAUUUUCAUCUGUUCAAAGUAAAGUUCUGUUUCAACAGAUUUCCAAGUGUGCAUGGAUAGAGAGAGAGAGAGAGAACAAGAUGAUGACUGGUAUGGAGUGAAAAUAGGACAGAUGAAAAUCUAUAAGUAUUAUCUGAUCUGCUUGACUGACAUGGAAGAGUUUUCGUAAUGGCUGGUUUACUGGCCAAUAACAGGGGCACAGGUCACACAGUUCUGUGGUAAUGACAAAUAGGGAUUGGUUAAGUGCUAUUCUUAUAUAGUCAUAAGACAUGGUCCUGGGUGUGUACACAAGCAGUACAUGAAACAUGUACAAUUCUGUACAGUGUAGUUUUUUAAUAAUUGUAAAAGCUGGCAUUCCAUAUUCCAUAAUUUGUGCAAAAUCCAGUAUCAUGAUAUUUCCUUGACAACUUCAAACAACAUGUGCACUGAUAUGAAUAAAUUGGAAAUGAUCUUACUUGUUUUGGUGCCAUUUUCACCAGAUAAGCAUUGUCUGUGUGACAGUUCCCUCCCCUUUAAUCUGGCAUACCCAAGAUAGCCUCCCUUUGUCCGGAUUGCGGCAAGUCCCUGGUUUGGGAAUCGUGUUGUGUGUGUAGGUCACUGGCAUCUUCAAAAGGCUUUCCUGUGCCGAAAACCUACCCCUUUGUAACCAGGCAUCCAUCUUGUACAAAUUUCAUUAUUUGACUUACACAACAUGUUGUAAUUAUAUAUUCCUCUUUAGAAUGAAAUCAUUGUAUAUUUCAUUUGUAUCAUCUUAAACAGGAAAAUAUAUGAUAUUGUUUUAUUGGGAACAUGUGGCAGUCAAUGCUUGUUGAGAGUGAAUCACUGAUGUGUAACUGAUGAUUAUUAUAUAGCAUAUCAUUUCACAUGGUUGAUACUGAUGAAAGUGGCAUCAACAAUCUGGUCUAACAUAGCCUGUCACCCUUGAUACCCUAUAAAUGUCCAGUAAUACAUCUGUGGUCACCGUCACACUGUAGUUAAACUGGAUGAUACAGGUUACAGAACGUAUAGGGUUUGUUCCAAAUAUACAUCAACAAAUGCAGCAUUUGCUGAUUUUUUUUUUUCAUUGUUUUAAUUUGGUAAUGUAUGUCACAAGUAAUGAUUCCUUGUAUAUUGUACAUAAUAUAUAUAUAUACUCGUGUUUACGUAGAUGUACAUCAAGUCCAGGAAAUUAUAUUGUGUGAAAAGGAGAGAAAAAAAUCCCACAAAAAGUGAUUACAAAAUUUCCACAAUGUUACGUUGGAGGGAAACUGUAUCAUGACGCAACGUCUCAUCGAAAAUUUCAGAACUGUCAUGAGGCCAGGAUUGUGUGUACUUGUGUGUACUUGCCACUUUCUUUUUUUUCCCUUGAUGAUCGUCUCACAGCGUGUUUCUUUGGUCCAACACAAGUUCAAGGUGUCUGUUGUUCAGGCUGAUUCGAGAAAAAGCUAGUCCAAAGUGGUAUUUGAUAUAGGUGAACACUAUCUUGUGCACCAAGACUACAUCAGAAUUUGUCAUAUACUCAGCAGAACAAAUGUUUUAUUUACUAACCACAAAUCAUCAAACUGUGUAAGGAAAUUUUGGAUGGGACAUUGGAAUUGUUGACCUGUCUCAAUCAGGAUGAGAGAAUGACACGGGAACAGAAACCUUUACCAGCAGUAACUGAUGGAACAACGAUGGUGGUUACUGUUUUCAUUACAUGUGCCAAUGAAAAGCUGCAAGUAAAAACUAAGUGCAUGUCUUUCAGUGACCUGUCUGCGUUUUGAAAAUGCCAGUCCUGAUGGACACCUGAAGGUUAAAAAAAUGUAGACAAGAAUUUCUGUACAAUUUUUAAUUUGAUGUACAUAAGAGUGAAAAUAUCCCAUCAAAGCUUCUGUUGACCUAUAAUUUUUUUGUUUAGUGAAAAUACCUUUAAGUGAUAAUUUGCAUGUGUACCUGGAUAUCGUACACAUAUUUUGAGUUACUAUGUAUUAAUACUGUAUUUGGGGAAACAUUCGCUACAGUUGAGGUUUAGCUCAUGUCUUCCUUUUGUAAAGAGGAUGAAAAUAAAACUGUGAAUAAAUUUUACAUUAAGGCUGAAAUAUAUAUGCUAUUUUGGGAGGGGGGCAAAAAUAACCCUGGGUGAAUGUUUUCCUGUACACAGUAAUUGUAUGGUCAUAUGAAAUGGCAGUUGUGAGGAAGUUUAGUGACUUGUUUACAUAGCACUGCAACAUGUAAAUAUUCUCUUCAAUUGGACUCAUCUUUUAACAUUUUUUGCCCAAAAUUUAAAAUGCUGUUAGUACAAGAAACUUGAUGAUGAUGAUGAAAUGGUGUAUAACUGAUUCUAAUUCCUGUCUGUGAGUUAGGCGAGAGCAGCUCUCAUUACACAGGUAUGGAUUGACCAACUCAAAAUUACAAUAUGUAUACAUGUACAAACAUAUCUUUGUCAACAUGAGGUUGGAUGAAUGAUUUUAACUGUAGUUACUGGUGUAUUUUAAUUUUGGAUUAAUCACUCUAUAGAACCUUUAGUCAUUGCUAUGUGUUUUGUACUUUUUAAUAUAUAGACAGGUCAUCAUUGCCAUCAAAAGUCUGUUUUUUUGGUGUUUUUUAGGAAAUAAGAAACCUAUGUGAAAUCUCCUUUCUAAGAAAAGUUUUAUUGUAGGAAACUUAUCGAUUGUCUUUCAUAAAUGGGGAUGUUAACAGGAAAACCUAUGAUAACAUGGAAGAUAAAAUUAGUCACACAAUUUGGCUUGUUUAUUAGAAAUGGGUGGAAGAAAGCAUAAUUAUAUUUCACAUCUUCAUGCAGGAUUGAUCUCAAACCAUUUCACCAAGUAGAUAUCAAGUAAACAUGGUGGCAAACAUCCAACUACUGUCCUGUGUUUAACGAUCUCAUCAUUAUCACAAUUUCUUCCUAUGUGCCCGAGUUUUAGGAAAAGAUGCUGUAAAUGGAGAUUUAAGCUGGUAGUAAGCAUCAGGAAGUGACAAAUACCAAAUCCUUUUACUUCAGCUUUGGAGAUUGUCAUUUCAGCUUUACCAUCUUGCUGCAGUGAGGUACCUUUUCUUUAUGAGAAUCUGUAAGAAGUUCAAAGAAUUAAUUUUUCUUCUUUCAGACACAUAUUCCACUGCUUCUCUGUAAUUUGCCUCCAGGGUAUUGCAGUAUACCGAUGAGAGUUACCUCUUUUCCACUCUAGCACAAAAAAUUCAAAGAUAGGGCAAUAAGUUGUCUGCAAUUGGGACAAUAUACUUUGCUGAAUCAUUAAAUGGUUCCGCAUUACUUUUGUAAACCUGGAUAAAGGUUUUUUUAAUGGAAUAUCAGUAUUGUCACCAUAGAUUCACUUAAAGGUUAUUGUGAGAUUACAGAUAAACAUCUGUGUCAAUAUUACUUCUUCAGAUGUGUAGGUAAAAUUUGAUGACAGAUCUUAAUAAUUUGCAUCACAUUUCGUCGUAGCAUUGAUCAAUUAUUGUUUGUAAACUGGUGUUAAUAAACAAAAAAUAAGAGAAACUAUUUUGCAACUAUUGAAAGUCGGCGAAUAUUUUCAGCUAUGGGAACAAGGUUUGCAUGUAUGCUGAUGUAAUUGAUCAAACUAAUUAUUGUUAUCAUGAUUUGAGUAUGACUGAGUGUGGAUGUAAGAGGAGCCAAUUGUCGUUGAUUAUCUUGAUGGAAAUUUAAGAUUGUCGAAAUCAGAGUCUCUAGUAAGAUUUGUUAUUUAAUUCAUUUUCAUGUACAGUCAUAUUUUUUUGCCUCAAUUAUUUGUGCUAAGGGAAAAAACGAUGAGAAAUACUUGUAGGUCAUUCUGUUCUUUAUCGAGAGAACUGCUGUGGUCUUCUUGAGGAAUAAAAUAUCUUUUAAUAUCUA